AUGAAGGGAGUUCAAUUAACAUUGGCUCCAGCCCCAGAUGAGUUUUCUGCUUCCAACCCGGCUCCGGCGGUGCGGUUCGCCCCAGAAAAGCGUGGCCGUCCCCCUCGCAAGGUCCCCGCUGCGUCAUUGGACAUAUCCGCUUCGUCCCUGGCUCCGGCGGUGCAGUUCGCCCCAGCGAAGCGUGCCCGUCCCAGUGAGGCUAUAUCCUCAUCGGAUGCCCCUGCUGCGACAUUUGAUAAUCCCCCAGCCAAGCGCAUCCGUCCCAAUAAGGUUGAGGCCGCAUCCCAACCUGUUGCCCAGGCUUCGCUUGUUGGUAUUCUCCCAGCGAAACGAAAGGUUGGCCGUCCCAAGAAGGCCGCACAAGUGAACACCUCAUACACUUUUCGUCCGGAACCUUUGAACAGUGCUGAUUGGGAGCGUACCCAAGCACGGUCUCAGGCCUACUGGAAAGACCAUUGUACAGACAAAGGCGGUGGGCCUGGUUUGACGCCAAAUCCGACUCGGCCGGCCGCUCCUCCUCCACCUGCACCUACUCUUCAAGACAAGUGUUUCCGGCCGAUCAAGAGACGGCCAACCGAGCCAUCGACUGCAAACCAGGACUCUGCAAACCAGGACUCGGCAGCCCACGAGGAGCUGCUCUUGGGCUCCACAGCAGCAAGCAAGCUGCUCUUGGGCUCCACAGUAGCAAGCAAGGUCGUUGCCUAUUGGAAGAACAGUCAGGCUCCUGCUGCCAAUGUCAAAGCAAAGCGGGCGGGUAGGAAGAAUCGUGGGAAGGCUUGA